UGUUAUCAUGACAGUGACAAUUUUUUUUCCAGUAUUUGAUCAAUUUCAAAAUUAUAAGCAGUUAUAAAGACUAGAUUUAUAUUUCAACGACUCUAGAAUUACGUUUUACGAUUUCACACCUUACUAAGAUGUAAUUUAGAUCCUAAAAUAACCUUGAAAAGUUAAAUCAAGGCAGAGCAAGUUACCAUUCCUUAUUAUUUACUACCUAUUGAUACUGGAAAAACAAAAAUGUUAAAGGCUGAUAUAGCUAUUAUUCAUUCCAAAAAUAACAGUAACAAUCGCUAAUUAGUGCAGAAUGAGUUUUAGAUACAUUACGUUUUUUUGUCGUUUUAGUUUUUGUGGCCAAGGUGUACUUAAAGGAAUGUCAACCCACUGUUACUGUCUCAGAAGGUUCCAUUAAAGGAAAGAGGUUUAUAACCAAUAAUCAAACUCCUUUUUAUGCUUUCCUAGACAUACCCUAUGCGAUUCCUCCAGUAGAAAAACUAAGGUUUCAGGAAGCAGGUCCAAUAAAGAAAUGGAACAAUCGAUUGGAUGCUACAGAGAAUAAAAAAGUUUGUAUUCAAUUUGAUCCCACAUUUACUGAUCCCAGGGAGACUGAAGAUUGUCUGGUUUUAAAUGUUUAUGUUCCCGAGGGAGAAUUUUGUGAUAGAAAAAAAUGUCCUCUGCCGGUACUGCUAUGGAUUCACGGAGGAUCUUUCAGGUCUUGGUUUGGUACUAUGGAUACCUUUGGACCUCAUUAUUUUUUAGACCAGAAUAUUAUUGUAGUUUCCAUACAGUACCGUUUAGGGCCAUUAGGUUUUCUUAGCACCGUCGAUGACAUAAUUCCAGGAAAUUUGGGAAUAAAAGAUCAACAAUUAGCUAUGAAAUGGGUAUCAAAAAGAAUAAAACACUUCGGGGGUGAUCCAAGUCGAAUAACCCUGAUGGGUCAAAGUGCAGGUGCUAUGUCUGUUGGUUAUCACCUCAUGAAUCCACAAAACCGAGGACUUUUUAGUGGUGCCAUAAUGCAGAGUGGAAGUCCCCUUUCAUGUGCUGCUUUACAAAAAUUUCCAAGGGAUGCUGCUUUUUUAAUGGCAGCAGCAAUAGAUGAAAGCUUAAAAACUAUGAAUUCAUCUGAAGAAUUAUUAACAUUUUUGCAAGAAACACCUUUGGACGUUUUAAAAAAUGCCUCAUUUGUGAAGUUGCCCACCACCAAACUAAACUGCCAGUUUGUGGGCUCACUUACUUGGGUACCAACUAGAGAAUCGCCAGAAGCAAGAAAACCUAUAAUAAUGGGUAUGAACUAUGAGAAAAUAAAAAAAGGCAUGACGCUUAAGAUACCAUUGCUAAUUGGUAUCAAUUCCCAAGAAAGUAUCUAUUAUGGUAUGGAUGGGCUUGACUUAUUGGCGAAAAUGUACGACAUAAAUCCUUCUUAUUUGAUCAGUGGAAACUUAAAUAUAAACCAUAAACAGAGAUGCGCUGCUGGACAGGCUUUAAAAUAUAUUUAUACAAAUUCCAGUUUUUCAUCUGACAUAUCGAAAUUAAUAGAGUUCAACAGUGAUACCUAUUUCAAUGUCCCUACGUUAACUUUCGCCUAUUAUCAUGCCCAACAUUCUGAUGUAUAUGCUUAUCGCUUUGCAUUUAAAGGAAUGUUAGGAAAUCAAAAUAGCACAUUUCCAGGAGUAGGACAUGCAGAGGAUUUAAAUUACAUUUUUCAAAAUUCUGAAAAUGAAAAUUUGUCAAACUAUUCAAAUGAAGAAGUUAUUACCCAUAAUCGAAUUAUUGAACUAUGGUCGCAAUUUAUUAAAUACAGAAAUCCUACGAAACACACCAACGAUUUAUUGCAAAAUGUCAAUUGGACUAAAUUUACUCAGAACAAAUUUGUACAUCUUAAUAUCGACGAAAAUUUGUCAGUGGGCCAAUUUAAAAGUACAUUUAAGGAGUGGAUUAAUAUUAUUUCUAGAUUUGCUAGUCCAUUUAUAGACACAUUCUAAAAUAUGUAUUCUAUAGUUUUUGAUAUAUCAUUUGAUGACCAAAUAUAUACAUAUACUUAUACACAAUCUAUUUGUGCAUUUUUUAAAGUCUUACGCAUAAUAAACAUAAAUGGUAUGACGAAGAAUUCAUGCAAGAACAAAAAAAAAUAGUUUUACUAAAUAAAUGAAAACGAGAGGUACUUAAUGGG